AUGUCUAUUCAAACGACCACCGUCAAGCGCAAUCCGGAAGACUCCAUGGUAUCUACCUGGCGCAAAGACCGAUCUCAAUGGAACUUCUCACAUUGGAUGAUUGAGCUCCUUGGCCUGCAUCUCAUUGACUUUGAUGCGGAGGUUCCAAUCUUCUCGAAGAAAGAUCAAAUCCCCGUCAUACGAGAAUGGACGGUCCACUUGUGGAUUCUACUACACGCCGCGAUCCCGCUCACACUACACCACGUCUACAUAACCUACACCGGCCAAAACCUGCACCCGAUUGCAGCCUUUGCUUUAUAUUCUAGUGCGUUCAAGCUAAAUGGAAUUCACGAAAUGCACGUCAUGCGCCGCCUAGGUCAUGUCUAUGGCUUCUUGGAUGGCGACAAGCAUCCUCGGGAUGAGAUCCCCGAUGUUGGCGUGGGCAAGGUGAUACGGGAGCUUAUAUCCACCGCAACGCUGCGUAUGGUGAUGGCUGUAUUUCUGACCUAUCACUCGGAGGAGAUGCCGACAUCGCUAGAAUGGAAGUGGCUUCCUUUGGAGAUCGGUCUGUACAGUAUUACGGUCGACUUCUGGUUCUACUGGUAUCACCGUAUGAUGCACUCGGUGGGCCCUCUAUGGAAAUUCCACCGUAGACACCAUCUGACGAAACAUCCCAAUCCUUUGCUUUCUGCAUACGCCGACCAUGAACAAGAAUUUAUGGAUAUUACGGGUAUUCCACUGCUCGCGUAUACCACGUUGAAAAUUAUUGGGCUACCUAUGGGUUUCUACGGAUGGUGGAUCUGCUUUCAAUAUAUUGCAUUCUCAGAGUUCAUUGGACAUAGUGGACUUCGACUUCAUGGCGGUGCCCCCUCUACGGUAAAUUGGCUGCUAGAAUUGUUCGAUGCUGAGUUGGUGAUUGAAGAUCAUGAUCUACAUCACCGCUAUGGAUGGAGAAAAAGCCAUAACUAUGGCAAGCAGACUCGUCUUUGGGAUAGGAUUUUUGGCACUUGUCAUGAGCGCAUUGAAAGCGUGAAAGAGAAUGUUGAUUACACAAAUCGGGUGACGAUGCCGCUUUUUUGA